AUGAGGACAUGUGGCAUACCAGAAAAGAUCAUAAGAGUAGUCCAACUUCUAUACCAAGAUAGUGAGUGUGCAGUUCUGGAUGGAGGCCACACAUCUGAGUGGUUUAAAGUCGAAACAGGUGUCAAGCAAGGGUGCAUGAUGUCUGGGUUCCUGUUUCUCCUUGCCAUUGACUGGAUAAUGUUCGAGACAACCAAGCAAGCCAACAUCAGAAUAAGAUGGAGGUUCAUGGACCAACUAGAAGAUCUUGACUUCGCCGAUGAUAUUGCUCUGAUCUCCACCACCCAACAUCAGAUGCAAAGGAAGACAGACAAGCUCACAGAAGCUGCCCAGAGAGAAGGUUUAAACGUCAGUAAGACCAAAACCCAAGUCAUGAGGCAAAACUGCAAGAACACAGAGCCAAUCAAGUUCCAAAAUGGCAACACCAUCAAAGGAACCAAGGAUUUCACCUAUCUAGGAGCUGUUGUAAGCUCAGAGGGAGGUUGUGACAAAGAUAUGGAUAGUAGGUUGAGUAAGGCCAAAGCAGCGUUCAGAAAGCUAAGGAGAAUAUGGAGCUCAAAGCAGUACAAUAGGAGUCAGUCCUUUUGUAUGGAAGUGAGACAUGGAAGACCAAUGUCCAAGACAAUAGAAAACUAG